UACAGGGAUGACCAGAGACUGCGGACACGGUACAGGGGAUGACCAGAGACUGCGGACACGGUACAGGGAUGACCAGAGACUGCGGACACGGUACAGGGGAUGACCAGAGACUGCGGACACGGUACAGGAGAUGACCAGAGACUGCGGACACGGUACAGGAGACGACCAGAGACUGCGGACACAGUACAGGAGAUGACCAGAGACUGCGGACACAGUACAGAGAUGACCAGAGACUGCAGACAGUGCAGGGAAUAACCAGAGACUGCAGACAGUACAGGGAUGACCAGAGACUGCAGACAGUAAAGGAGAUUACCAGAGACUGCUGAC